UCACUGUUAAACGAAUCCAAAAACAUCAGGCAAAAUGGAGAACUUCAAUGUAGACCAGAUCCGUGCCACCAUGGACAAGAAGUCCAACAUCCGUAACAUGUCUGUAAUAGGAGCUUUUGAUCAUGGCAAAUCAACUUUGACCGAUUGGCUGGUGUCAGAAGCCGGUAUCGUCAGCUCAGCCCGUGCUGGAGAAACCCGUUUCAUGGAUACGAGGCGUGAUGAACAAGAGCGUUGCAUCACCAUCAAGUCAACGGCCAUCUCCAUAUUCUAUGAGCUUGCUGAAAAGGAUUUGGCUUUCAUUAAAGAGUGCAAAGAUGGCUCCGGCUUCCUCCUCAACCUGAUUGACUCCCCUGGGCAUGUUGACUUUUCUUCAGAAGUUACAGCUGCACUGCGUAUCACAGAUGGAGCAUUGCUGGUGGUGGAUUGUGUGUCUGGUGUGUGCUUACAGACAGAGACUGUGCUCAGACAGGCCAUUGGUGAGAGGAUUAAACCAGUUUUGAUGAUUAACAAAAUGGAUCGAGCUUUGCUCGAGCUACAGUUGGUCCCUGAAGAGCUGUACCAGAUCUUUCAGCGCAUUGUUGAGAAAGUCAACGUGACCAUCUCCACCUAUGCUGAGGAUGAGAAAGGCCCUAUGGGCAAUGUCAUGAUUGAUCCUGUCAUUGGUAAUCUUGCCUUUGGAUCUGGACUGCAUGGAUGGGCCUUCACUUUGAAGCAGUUUGCUGAGCUCUAUGUGAAAAAGUUCGCUGGUAAAGCUCAGCUGGGACCGGAAGAGUACAUCAAGAAGGUGGAGGACAUGAUAAAGAGACUUUGGGGCGACAGCUACUUUGACUCUACUACUGGCAAGUUCAGCGAGUCUGCGACAUCGCCAGAUGGCAAGAAGCUUCCCAGGACUUUUGUUCACUUAGUCCUGGACCCCAUCUUCAAAGUAUUUGAUGCCAUCAUGAACUUCAAAAAGGAGGAAACUGUAAAGCUGAUUGAGAAGAUGGGCAUCAAGCUAGAUGUGGAGGACAAGGAGAAGGAGGGCAAAAUCCUACUGAAGGCUGUGAUGCGUUGCUGGCUCCCGGCUGGAGAGGCUCUGCUUCAGAUGAUCACCAUCCACCUGCCCUCACCGGUUACUGCUCAGAUUUACCGCUGUGAGCUGCUGUAUGAAGGACCUGGAGAUGAUGAGGCUGCCAUGGGCAUCAAGAAUUGUGAUCCUAAAGCACCUCUCAUGAUGUACAUUUCUAAAAUGAUACCAACAUCUGACAAAGGUUGUUUUUAUGCGUUUGGUCGCGUCUUCUCUGGCUGUGUCUCCACUGGCCUGAAUGUGCGCAUUAUGGGGCCCAACUUCACCCCUGGAAAAAAGGAUGAUCUUUACCUGAAACCCAUCCAAAGGACCGUUCUAAUGAUGGGUCGCUACGUUGAACCCAUUGAAGAUGUGCCCUGCGGCAAUAUUGUAGGUCUGUUAGGGGUGGAUCAGUUUUUGGUAAAGACUGGAACCAUCACUACUUUCACAAAAGCCUACAAUAUGCGUGUGAUGAAGUUUAGUGUCAGUCCUGUGGUGAGAGUGUCCGUGGAGGUCAUGGACCCUGCUGACCUUCCUAAACUGGUGGAGGGAUUGAAGCAUCUGGCCAAGUCAGAUCCCAUGUUGCAAUGCAUCAUUGAGGAUACUGGUGAACAUAUCAUUGCUGGAGCUGGUGAGCUUCACUUGGAGAUUUGCCUUAAGGAUCUUGAAGAGGACCAUGCCUGCAUUCCCCUCAAGAAAUCAGAUCCAUUUGCUUCCUACAGAGAGACGGUCAGUGAUGGCUCCAAACAAUUGUGCCUUGCCAAGACGCCAAACAAGCACAGUCGUCUCUUCAUGAAGGCCUGUCCUCUGGCUGAUGGUCUUGCAGAAGAUAUUGAUAAGGGUCGGGUCACUGCCAGCCAGGAGAUGAAUGCCCGUGCCCAAUACCUUGCUGAAAACUAUAAGUGGGAAGUGACUGAAGCUCGUAAGAUCUGGUGCUUUGGCCCUGAGGGAACUGGACCCAACAUCUUGGUAGAUUUGACCAAGAGAGUGCAAUACUUGAAUGAGAUUAAGGACAGUGUGAUUGCUGGAUUUCAGUGGGCCACUAGAGAGGGAGUCUUGUGCGCAGAGAACAUGCGUGGCAUUCGCUUUGACAUUCAUGAUGCAACUUUGACUUCUACUGCCAUUCACCGUGGUCCAGGUCAAAUAAUUGUUGCAACCCGCCGAGUGCUUUAUGGCUGUCAGCUCACAGCUGAACCAAGGCUUAGUGAGCCGAUAUACCUGGUGGAGAUGCAGUGCCCAGAGUCGGUUAUUGGUAACGUCUAUGGUGAACUGGUCAGGAGGCGUGGAGUAGUGUUUUCAGAGUCCCAGGUUAUGGGAACUCCUGUUUAUUUGCUCAAGGCUUACUUGCCUGUCAGCGAGUCAUUUGGUUUUACAGCUGACCUUUGUGCCAACACAUCUGGCCAAGCCUUCUCACAGUGUGUGUUUGAUCAUUGGCAGAUAUUGCCUGGAGACCCAAUGGAUCCUACCUCCAAAGUUGCUCAUAUUAUGGCUGAUAUACGAAAGAGCAAGGGCCUUGAUGAAGCCAUUCCAGCAUUACAUUGCUACUUGGACUAAUUGUAGGUUUACAUAAGGUUUACAAUCUGCACAGACUUUAAAUCUUGUAUUUAAGCACUUAAACCUUUAUAAGUCUGACCAACCUAUAACUACCAUAAGAAAGAAAAUGCCACUUAUUAGAGAAAUGCUUCAGAUGUGCUAAACACCUUCCUAAUACUGGCAGGUUCUCUGAAAAGUUUAAUUCCUCUUAUGUCAAACCUAUAAUUCAAUUUGCACAUGUAUGAAAAAUGGCAAGAGAUUAACCUGAGCAUUAACGAAAGGCACUUUCUGAAAUUAAUUUAGACCAGGCAUGACCAAACUGUAUAUACUUAAUGCUAAAUGGGUCCCCAUUUUGAUAGAUUGUGAAAUUUUAAACUCAACUAGAUGAAGAUUUUAUACUAAGAGCACUUUUUAUUUUCAUUUAAAUGCCUUUUCAAGAAGAAUUAACGUAUCAUAUAUUGAACUGAGAAAUUAUAUUAAAUAAAACAACACUAAAUUAAAAUGUUGAUCUUGCCAUUAAAUAGCCAGGAGUUGCUGAUGUGGCAGUAAACAAACUUGAAGGUUUACUCCUACUUCAUAACUAAUGACUUGUUUUCUGCCUUACGAAGGCACCUAUUAUCAGGGUUUCCCACUCUUUCAUGAACGGCAAUUUCAAGGAAUUUUUAAAGCACCAUUAAUUUUAAAUCAAACAUCAUUAAACUUCCUCAGCUUAUGUAGCACCUUAAGUUCUUACUGUACUUUAACAUUUCCCUUACACUUAAUAUUUAAAAGUAUCAGAGUAAUGAUAAACAGUCUUGUUCAAACAACUUUAAUACAAUUUGUUGAAUUUAACACUGGUAAUAUUCAACUAUGGUCUGAAUUUCCCAGUUUUUGUUCAGUUUCUGAAAGCAGAACUGUACAGUUGUUGAAAUAACUCCAGAAAUUCAAGCACUUUUAAGAGCCUACAUUUGUUUGUAGAUAGGCUGGAAUUCAUAUGUAUUUAAGAAGCAUGGGGACCUUGUAUUAUGGAGCAACAGGCUAAUGAUGGGAUUUCUCAAUUCCUAGUGUAAGUUUGUGAUUUGUGCUGAAACUUAAUGUAAUGAAUUGGAGAAGGUACUGUUGGAAUAUGCAUGUACUGAGUAUGAAUUGAUAUUUUGUAAUUACUGUAAUUGUUAAAUGUUAGAAGUCAACCUCCAUGUUAAUGCAAUACUGAAAGUCUCAUUUUUUUGAACUCUGCAAAAAUAAAAUGUAAAACCUGUUUGAUCAGC